AUGGAUAACAUCUUUGAUUGUUACUCCUAUUCGGAGCGUAAGAAGGUCCAAUAUGCGGCCGCCCAAUUAGCCGAGAAUGCCCUCACUUGGUGGGAUCGUGAGGUUACUGAGCGUCGGCGAGGCCAUUACGCUCAGGUCGAGACUUGGCGUGAGAUGAAGAAUCUCAUGCGAAAACGUUUCGUACCUCCUCAUUUCCAUCGAGAUUUACAACGGAGGUAUAGGUGUCUAGUGCAAGGGUCUAGGUCGGUAGAAGAAUACUUUGAGGAAUUUGAGAGCAUUAGAAGUCGACUAGAGCUAGACGAGGACGAGGAAAUGGUUAUGGCCCAGUUUUUAGACGGAUUGCAGGAUAAGAUUGGUCGCAAGGUCGAACGCCAUCCGUACCGAGACCUCCAGGAUCUCGUGCACCUAGCCGUGCAAAUCGAGCAACACGAAAGACGAAAGUCUUCUAGGCUGGGUAAACCCCGAGCAUACGCUGCCGGAACCUCUAGUACUCCGUCUAAACCAACACCCUUUAGGAGAGAGGUCUCUGAGAGCCGAACCGUACCGAGUUUCUGGGACCAAGGAAAGAAUCCAGAAACAUCGAGACCAAAACCCCCGCCCGAGCCUUCUAAAGACACUAGAGCCCGAGAGAUCAUCUGUUAUAAGUGUCGAGGGCGAGGCCAUAUGGCCAAAGAUUGUCCGAACUCCCGUGUUAUGAUCAUAACGGACAAGGGGGAAUAUGAGUCCUUGGAUGAGGACGAGGCUGCUAACUCCGACUCCGAUGAGGAGAUCGAGUAUCCGGAUAGCGGCGAGUUACUUGUCACUCGGCGAGUACUUAGCACGCUAACAACUCUGGAGGAAACAACCCAACGGGAGACAAUCUUCCACACCCGAUGUACUAUACACGGGAAGGUUUCUGGGAUGAUCAUCGACAAUGGCUCUUGCACCAAUGUCGCGAGCGCGUACAUGGUAAAGAAGUUGGAACUACCCACUGAGAAACACCCGCACCCGUAUAAGCUUCAGUGGAUUAAUAAUACCGGGGAGAUAAAGGUGAUCGAAAGGGUCAAGAUCCCGUUCAGCAAAGGUAAGUACCACGACGAGGUCCUCUGUGACGUCGUCCCUAUGCAAGCCAGCCACAUUAUGCUUGGUAGGCCUUGGCAAUUUGAUCGGGAGGUAAAACACGACGAUCGAGCAAACCAAUACUUUUUCGUAUACGACAAGCGAAAGGUUGUGAUCACACCAUUGAGUCCAUCUCAAGUUCAUGAGAUGCAGCUUAAACUAGCCAAGGAACCCGAACCGAAGAAAGGGAGUUUCUAUCUUAAGGAUAGUCAGGUGGUACGCGCUGUUCGUCAAGAACAGCCGGUGUUGUUCUUGGUCUUCAAAGAUCAGUUGAGCCUCCGUAAAGAGACAUCGUUGAGUCCCGCUAUUAGCCGACUCUUAGAGCGCUAUAGCGAUGUAUUUCCGGACGAGAUUCCAGCGGGACUACCACCUAUACGCGGGAUCGAGCAUCAGAUCGAUCUAUUGCCGGGAGCACCAUUGCCUAAUCGGUCCGCAUACCGGAUCAACCCCGAGCAAACCAAAGAGCUCGAGAACCAGGUUCAAGAGCUUAUGAGUAAGGGUUACAUCUGA